UGUGCCCCACAAGCCCUCGCUGCCUACCUCCACUCCUCCCACGGUCCGACCCACAUGGAUUUCUCCGCCUCCGCCGGCGGGGGCCGCAGCGAGCCGGCCCGGUGGCUGGAGAUCGCGGGGAAACUCCUCGCCGCGCGCGACCUGGUCGGUUGCAAGCGGCUCGCGGAGCGCGCGGUGGAGGCCGACCCGCUCCUGCCCGGCGCCGACGAGCUCCUCGCCGUCGCCGACGUCCUCCUCGCCUCCCAGCGCCUGCUCCCCUCCAGCCGCCCCGAUCCGGUCGCGGUUCUCCUGCUCCAGCCCGACCCCGAUCCCGCCGCCGUCAAGCGGUCCUUCCGCCGCCUCUCCCAGCUCCUCUCUUCCCCGCGUAACCCCCGUCCCGCUGCUGACACCGCCCUCCGCUUCGUCGAAGAAGCCUUCGCUGACCUCUCCAAGAACGCCUCCGCUGAUUCGACUCCUGCUUCCGGGAACGCCUCGGCCGCGGCUGCGGCCGCCGCCGAUGCCGACGGGUUCUGGACGGCGUGCCCCUACUGCUGCCACGUGUACCAAUAUCAGCGCGCGCUGGUGGGGCGCGCGCUCAGGUGCCAGAGCGCCGGUUGCCGGCGCGCGUUCGUGGCCACCGAGAUCCCGACCGCGCCGCCUAUCGUGCCGGGCACAGACAUGUACUACUGCGCGUGGGGGUUCUUCCCGAUGGGCUUCCCCAAGGCCGCUGAUUUGAGCACCAACAACUGGAGGCCAUUUUGUCCGACGUUUCCGCGGAAUUCGUCAUCUCCGCAGCCAGCAUCUGCGGGGACUGGCUAUGUUGAUGUACAGAAUGUUGAGAAUAAUGGCACACCUAUUAAUGUCAAUGCAACACCAGCAAAUGCUCAACCGGCAAAGAAGAAUGGUGUCUCUGGCAAUGCUGUAGGACCAUCAAGAGGUAUGAUUAAGAAGACAACAGCCCGCAAGAAGGUUGGUGCCGUGCCCAAGAAGCACGCUUCUGGCGAUGUGGAGAGUGGCAUCGAGCCAUCUAUGAUUAAGUCAGAUUUGUGGAAUGGGAAUGCAGGGAGUGGACAGACUGUGGGUACUAGAGAGAUUAACAUAAAUGAGGUGGCAAAGACAACUGAUGGCAGCGCCAUUCUGAAUUUUGGUGGGGAUGAGGAUAUUGCGUUUGAUUUGGAUGUUGAUGCAACAGAUGCUAUUUUGGGGAAUUUGCAGCACCUGUCUUUCUUGAGGGAGGAUGACAAUACCAGACGGAUCUUUUAGUUGUUGAUGUGCUUGGUGUAGGUAUUCCGUAGAAGUGGUGUUUGAUAGCAUGGUUGGAGGAAUUCCUGCAUAGACUGAUCCUUCACUGCCGCUCCUUGCUUUCAUUGCCACUAUUUCUCAUAUUGAUCCUGUGUUUCGUAUUUGUCUACCUUUGGUUCUGUAGUUAGCUGGUGAUCUCUUGUACCAUCUGGAUCAGUACUCUUUACAAGUAUGUAGACUAGAGUAUCCCACAUUAGUUGGAGAAUGUGUAAUAAGUCAUCCACAAAUUAACUUAAGGAGAUAACUGGUGAAGGGAAUAAUGCACUCUGCUUGGAUGAUCAGUGAGGUUUUUAGUUAAGAGAAUAUGAUGCAACAGAGGUCACAUGAAGCACUGGCAGAUAAAUGCUGAUGAGAAUAAUUUAUGGAUCGUGAAAUCUCUCUGUAUUUCUUGACAUCAGUUGAUUGCCUUCACCAGCCAUCGAUGGAGCUGAAUAAGAGAAGUGGCAUGGCUCGGCUUAGGGGACACAUCAGUGGCUUGUAAACUAUGUCUCUUCUCCUAGCCUGAAAUAAAGGGCUUUGUGACUUCGCCUAUGCGUCGGCACCCAGUUUCCAUUGUAAGCGGAAAAUGGCACUGGUGUCUGUCAGCCUUCUUCAUAAUCGUCAUUAGCUCCUUGCCCUCAAAUUAUUAUGCAUCUUUGUGUUGCUGGAACUGUGAGAUAUGUAUUCUGUGUUGCUGAA